UUCACGAGGAACUCAUGCGUGAAGGAAAUUCAUUUGCGUUUUUUUUUUCUUUUGAGUUUCAUAUAGGAAAUUUUAAAACACAGAGUGGAUAUUGUUGUGAAAGCUUUAGCUACAUUCUACUGUUGAGGUAUAUAAAAGGAAAGGAUUCUCUAAGCAAGUCUAAGAAGUCGCAUCCCGUGAGAUAAAGAUGACAGUGCAGCUUUUCAUGUGUUUAUUUACACUCUUGAUUCAGCACCACUUUCAGAAAACACGAGCCUGUGGUGUGUACACCUCACCCAGUGGCUCCAUCUCGUCCCCGCUGUACCCCAGUCAGUACCCGCCUGAUGAAGACUGUACCUACAUCAUCAACACAACACAGGGCCAUCGCAUAACCUUGACAUUUGUUACAUUUGAAAUUGAGGCUGCAACCGAUGACUGCAAGUUUGACUAUUUGGAGAUCCGGGAUGGAAGCUCCGAGCUGUCACCGUCUAUGGGUAUCUUCUGUAACACGAGUGUUCCGGACAGAGUGAGGUCCACGUCUAACACCAUGUGGAUCAGAUUCCAGUCUGGCUCACAGUCAGGCACUGGCUUCAAUGCAACUUACUCAUCAGCAAUCAUUCCACACAAGUUUCUCCUUGUCACUGACACUAAUAACGGCAUCCGUCGCAUAGACAUCGACACGGGAAGUAAUGUUACAAUCCGUCCUGAUGGUCUACGGCACCCAUUUGGUAUUGACUACGAUCCAGUAGACGGUCGUGUCUAUUGGUCAGAUGCAGACAAUACCAUUAGAUCCUCUAACCUUGAUGGCAGCGAUGCUCGGCUGGUUCGCAGUAUUGGUCAAGGAGGUGAGCUAUGGGGCCUUUCAUUGGACUCUGUGUCGAGGCUACUGUUCUACGCCGACGACGGCAACGAUGUCAUCGGAAUGAUAUCACUGGACACCAACAGUCAUCAUAUUGUCGUCGAUUCAGACAUUGGUCAGCCUGUGGACAUCGAGUUGGACAAACACAAUGGUGUCAUCUACUGGAGUGACUACAGCAGGGGUAAAAUAGAGAGGUGUGACUAUGACGGCUCGGACCGUCAGACACUCAUUUCUGCAUCCAGGCAUCUUAAAGGUCCCAAUGGUCUUGCUUUGGACACAGAAGGGAGGAGACUUUACUGGGCAGAUGGAGACACACAGCUGAUAGGAUGGACGGAGGUGGACGGCAAACGUUCUGAUUUUUUUUUUAACCACAGACGCUCAUAUUUUAUGGGCCUGGAUAUCUACCAAGAUGAGUUGUUUGUCACGGAUUGGGGAUCUUUACAACAUCUGGCACAAACAACACACAUCUAUCGUAUUGGCAAGAAUAAAACAAUGAUGGCGAGUGUACAAGUUAAAGGGAGAGUAAACGAUGUUCGUGUUUAUGCCGAGGAAACAACACGUAAAGGAUCAAACGGAUGUGGCAACAACAAUGGAGGCUGUAGAUACAUCUGCCUACCAACUCCUGGGAACAGAAGCAAGUGUUUCACUCCGUUAGACAAGUCACAUGUAUGUGGUGAAUAUAUUUCCCCUAGUGGCUUUAUUUCGUCUCUAUCAUAUACUAGACAGUCCAUGGAAAUUGAGGAUUGCAUUUACAUAAUAAAGACAACACCAGGCCAUCGCAUCACCUUAACAUUCCUGACACUUGAAACUGAAGACUGCAGGUUCGAUUUUCUGCAGAUCCGGGAUGGAAGCACUAAGCACUCACCGUCUAUGGGUAUCUUCUGUAACACGAGAGUUCCGGACAGAGUGAGGUCCACGUCUAACACCAUGUGGAUCAGAUUCCGGUCUGGCUCACAGUCAGGCACUGGCUUCAAUGCAACUUACUCAUCAGCAAUCAUUCCACAGAAGUUUCUCCUUGUCACUGACUUUGAUAACGGCAUCCGUCGCAUAGACAUCGACACGGGAAGUAAUGUUACAAUCCGUCCCAAUGGCCUACACAACCCAUAUGGUAUUGACUACGAUCCAGUAGACGGUCGUGUCUAUUGGUCAAAUCUAGAGGAGAAGACCAUCCGAUCCGCUAACCUUGAUGGCAGCGAUGCUCGGCUGGUUCUCAAUAUUAGUCAAGGAGUUUUUCUAUUGGGUCUUUCUGUGGACUCUGUGUCGAGGCUACUAUUCUACGCCGACGGUGGCAACAAGGCCAUCGGAAUGAUAUCACUGGACACCAACAGUCAUCAUAUUGUCGUCGAUUCAGACAUUGGUAAUACUGUGGACAUCGAGCUGGACAAACACAAUGGUGUUAUCUACUGGAGUGACCACAUCAUGGGUAAAAUAGAGAGGUGUAACUAUAACGGGUCGAACCGUGAGACAAUAAUUUCCACAUCCUCGUAUCUUAAAAAUCCCACUGGUCUUGCUUUGGACACAGAAGGGAGGAGACUUUACUGGGCAGAUAUAGGUACACACCUGAUAGGAUGGAUGGAUUUGGAUGCAAGACGACCUGAAGUAUUUUUUAAUCAGACGGACUCAUUCUUUGUUGGUCUCGAUAUCUACCAAAAUGAGUUGUUUGUCACGGACUGGGGACCUAAACACCAUAACUCACAAACAACACACAUCUAUCGCAUUGGCAAGAACGGAACAAUGAGGGCCGCUGUACAAGUUAAUGGCAGAGUAAGCGAUGUUCGUGUCUAUGCCGAGGAGAGUAUACAGAAAGGCUUACCAUCUUUAACAUCUUUGUCAUCUCCAUCGUCCGUGUCAUCCUUUUCAGCUGAACUUCUGAUAUUCUUCGAAUCUUCGUGUGAUAUUGUCGACCUUGUCCUGGUUCUUGUCAUCGCUGCAUUUCUUAAACGUGAUUUUAUUCUCUUUCCACCCCUGUGUGUGCGGAGUCUCAACCGUUCUGUUCCGUCCUCCCUUCAUUUCUUCGUUCUGUCGCCUUCGUCGUCCGGUACUGCGUCGUGUGGUCAACGUGGCAGCUCGGACUGUGGACCAGCAAAGUGACACUGUGCACAUCGGACAGUCAGUGCAGUGGUAGUCAGUGCAAGAGCAUCGCGUAAGGGACACAGACUGAAGGAGACAGUAUCGACAGAGUACACAGUGUCUAAAUCUAAGGUCAGGCCUGAAGGUCUCAGGUGCAAGAACUCUGACAGUACUGUGCCACAGUGUGUGCUGGUGUUUUUUUCAUCAUCUCCCUUACUAACAUCACUCAUUACCAUUAUUUUGGCGCGGGGGAGUACCCUGCUUUCUCGCGUGUGUGCGUAUACGCACAUGUGUAUUUCUCUAAUCUUUUUUUUUUUUUUUUUUUUUUACUUUUCUCAUUUUUUUUAUCCACAUUUGAUUAAAAUUCUUAUUUGUACCUUUCGUUUCCUCUUUGCUGUGCUCUACGUAUAUCAAACGUUCAUGUCCCGCCUCUGGCUGAGCGAGUGGCUGUGUGUUUGUGUCGACUGUGUGAGCGGUUGACAGCGUGCAUCCGGCGACGCUGGGGUCAAUCUGCGACAUCAAGAACUUAAAAUCAGGUCUGGUUAUUCAUGACACAAAGUGAGAAAUAGGUUUGUUUAGUAAAUGGUCUUAACCAAAGUCUUUCGUAAAAAUAUCGAAAAAAAUGCAUGUCAGAAAAGAGGGAAGUGUUGCUGAUACCAUUUUUAUACAUUGCAGUAAAUUUUACUUGUGGUAACAAAGUGACAGUCGCUGAUUUUGGUCGUUAGCUUGCAGCGACAUCUAGCAAUGAAAAUUGGCGGAAAUUUGUCGUUACUAAAUUCGUAAACAACGCAGUACUUAUCCUUUAUCGCUUAUUGUUACAAGCUGUCAAAAGUGAGCCACCGCCCAAAAGUCAACAGGAUGGGAA